GCCCGCGAGGAUGACCUGCUCUCCGGUCGUUCCCUUUCGCCUCCGCAGUCCCUUCGCAGCGACGUCUCCCGAGUUUCCCGCUAUGAGUUGGCGCUGGCGGAGGAGCCGGAGGAUCCGCCAGAGGUUGUUGUUCUGUCCGACAACCGCGGAGUCUACGCGCACCAUCUGGGAAAGGGCGAGUCCGUCUGGUUGCACAAAGGGCAGAAGAAGAAGGCAAAUGCCUAUGAGGUUCGGCGUCACUCAAAGAGUCUCCGUGAGUACAUCUAUGACAAGGGCACUGGCGACAUUUUGUGG